AUGCGGCUACCCAAUUAUUUGCUUGCCAGCUUGAUUUGCCUCCCGGAAUCGUUUGCCAAUCUUCUAGGACCGUCAUAUCCUCCUCCCAGAGACUUGUCUAGCAGCCACAGCCGGGUCGCCACCAGCUGGAAGAAUCUGACUUCCCAACUCAGCACCGUCCUCGCCGAUAAUCAGACCAAUAAAACCAGUGGGGUUUAUGCAUUGAGGAACCUCACAUUCUCUGCUGGAUUGUUUUCCACGCUUGAUCCGAAAGCCAAAGAUCUUCAAUUCCACCACACCGCUAGCGAAGUCGCAAACUCUCCUGUUGGAGUGAAGAAGGUAGAUGGAAACAGCAUCUACAAGGUCGCCAGUGUAUCGAAACUCUUUACUGUUCUUGCAGGACUCAUAGAGCUGAAGCCCCGUGACUGGGAUCUUCCACUCACCGAAAUCUUCCCAUUCUUGGCCGAACAUGUUCGUAAGCAACACGAUAAGUUCCGGCUCGUCUAUGAUGUUCAAUGGGACAAAAUCACACUCAGGUCCCUAGCGGGCCAAAUGAGUGGCAUACCACACGGUGCUACAGAAGAAUUCCUACAAACCUUUGCUCUAUACAAGUACCUCGAAGGCUCUCACGAUCCUGCCUUGACUGAUCCUAACUUCUACGGUCUUCCACCUCUGAACGAGAGUGAUUUGUCGCUAUGGCCGCCAUGCUUGGGUGAACAGACUAUAGGCUGUAACCUAGUCUCCUGGGACGUGGGAUAUGCCACAAGACCUCCGGUUUUCCUUCCCUGGCAAAGCCCCGAGUAUGCUAACGGCGGUUAUAUCUUCCUUGGCCUGGCAAUCUCAAAUCUCACGGGGAAGACUAUGGAUGAGUGGUAUAGUGAUUCUAUCUUCGAGCCUCUAGGUUUGAAGUCCACUUACUCGUCUACCCCUGACAACUCCACUCGGUCCCAUUCCGUCCUCUCAGAGGUUCUUGAUACGCAGUUCACCCCCAAUGGAGGUGUUACGAACCCCUCCGGUGGGUUGUUUUCUACAACCAACGACCUCUCUAAGCUUGGUGUUGCCCUCCUAAAUUCCACUCUCCUCUCCUCUGAAAAGACACGAGAAUGGAUGAAGCCCGUCACUCACACCUCGAGUCUACGCUACUCCGUUGGCUCGCCAUGGGAGAUCCAUCGAUACGUCCACGCAGGGUCAGGCGUGGUCACCGAUCUAUACACCAAACUUGGAGACUCGGGAUUCUAUGGUGGCAUCGUGGUCGUGAUACCAGACUUCGACGCUGGUUUCACACUCCUCGGAGCCAGCACGCAACCUGGCCGCAGCAGCGAGGUGCUCUUAGCCAUCGACCUUAUCACUGAUGCCAUCCUCCCGGCGCUUAUAGAGCAAGCCGCAAUAGAGGCAGCGCGGAAGUUUGCCGGCACGUACAAAGCCGCGGGUCUGAAUUCGUCAUUGACACUCACUGUCGUGCCACCUACCCAUCCUGCACCUGGUUUGAAUAUUACUUCAUGGAUUAGCAAUGGCACAGAUAUCACGGCUUUAGUUCCUAGACUCUUUGGUGAUAUCGGCUCACGACUUGUGCCGUCUAUCGUCUCCGAGCAGGCCAGUGGGGAAAUCGCUUUCCGGGGAUACACUGCUACUCAAGGCCGGAAUCCUGGGGUGGCUUCCUCGUCAAGACUAUUCUCUUCGUUCUACGAUCUCAAUGACUGGACCAUGUUGGAUCAGCUGACUUGGGGUGGUAUUGCUACCUCGCUCUUCGUUUUCGAUGUCGAUAAAAACGGAACUGUCAAAUCAGUGACACCAGGUGCCUACAGACUGAAGAUGGCGAAGAAUUGA